GACUGGAGAAGCUCAAAGGCUUUGAUCCUCUCUCUCUCUCUCUGUGUACAAUGGAGUAUGAGAGGAUCCAUAAAGUUCAGAUGGGUGUGAUUUCUCCUAGUAAACUGAGGAUGAAGCUGUUAGGAUCUCAUGGUGGUAGAAGGAAGGAAGGGGGGAGCAAUUCAGCCAGAGCAUCCCCUUCCAAGCAUGAUGACAUGGAGCAUGCAAAGAAUAGCUUACUGGCUGGAGAAUUUGAUGAGGAAGUAAACUCCAAAGACUCCAAAGAUGCUUCUUCCCUUACUGUGAUUGCAAAUUCAGAAGGCAACCUAUCUCAACCCUGCCCGAAAGGGAAUGCUGAUAUGGGUCGUAGUAGAAUUCAGAAUAUUCCCAAGGGUGGAUUUUGCCAACAUCAACCCAGCAGCAACCUAAGCACUGUGCACCCUGUGAGACCUCUAGAAGAAGAUGGUAAUGGCUAUGACAGUGGACAUGACAAUGGCAGCACCUCUAGCUUCGAGUUUCAUCGAGGAGAAAGAGCACUACAACAUCCAGCAGUUGGUCCCUUUUUCAGGCAUAUCCCAUCGAAAUGGAAUGAUGCAGAGAAAUGGAUACUGAAUCGACAGAUGAUGCCAAGUCCAAAUUUGCUAAAGAGGUCGGUCAUGCAGAAUCAGGGAAGUCGUCAAGUGAUCUCCGGUUCGGUGAGGGUUGCUCCGGAAUCAAUAGCAGCUGAACACAAGCAUUCCAUUAUCCAGGCAGUGGAUGCCCAAAGGAUUAGUUGCAUCAAUCCUGCUACACAAAAUGUGGUGGAGAAGUUCUCUUUUGCUCCUAAUUGCCUGCAAUCCAGUUUGGACACUGCAAAUAGUGGUGAUUAUGGACUCAAGAAGGAACUUGAUCACAAGAAAUUAUCUGUCCCAGAAAGUUCUGUCACCAGCACAUCAGUUAUUCCAGCUGUACAAUCGGUUUCUAUGAGAGAUGUGGGAACAGAAAUGACUCCCAUUCCGAGUCAGGAGCCAUCGAGGACAGGAACUCCUAUUGGAGCCACAACACCCACUUGCAGCCCCCUAUCUUCGAUUCCAUCGACUCCUAAAAGAGCAGCACCAACAUCUUCAGAGACCACUGUGGAUGAACACAACCAAAAGAAAGUUGGCAAAAAAGAAUUAUCUGAGAGAGAAUUGAAAUUGAAAACAAGAAGAGAAAUUGCUGCCCUAGGCAUACAACUAGGUAAGAUGAACAUUGCUUCCUGGGCCAGUAAAGACGAUGCGAAACAAGGCUCUCCCUCUCUCAAGACCCUUGAUGUAGACCAGCUUGUGAAGACGGAGUAUGAAACCCGUGCAGCAGCAUGGGAGGAAUCUCAAAAAUCUAAACAUAUGGCAAGAUAUAGGCGUAAAGAGGUCAAGAUACAAGAAUGGGAGAGUUAUCAGAAAGCAAAAUUUGAAGCUAAAAUGAGGAAAGUUGAGGCCCAAGUUGAACGAAUGAAAGCCCGAGCACAAGAGAGGAUGCAGGAAAAGCUGGCAGAAACACGCCGACUGGUGGAAGAGAAACAAGCCACUGCUGAGGCCAGAAGAAACCGAGAGGCAGCUCGAACAGCGCGACAAGUGGAGCAGAUUCGCCAAACUGGUCACAUGCCUUCCCGUUUCCGGUGCUGUAGUUGGCUUCUGUAGAACUUUAAACCAUACACUGCUAAAUUUGCUGUCAUACUUUCAGACUUGGUUUGCUUCAGUAUAGGAGUGGUGAAUGUUGUCACCCCCUCUUGUGAACAUGGUGAGGGAUUCCCAAUAUUCAGUGUUUACCAUGUAAAUGAAAUUAAUAGGUCCUUUCAUGCAAUCUUCUCCAAUGGCACUCUUCAUGUUGUCUGAUACCUUGUGUUCAGCUAUAUUUCUAGUGUACUCUGACUGCGAGAUAUGAAUGUAAAUUGUUAUCAUCAUC